AUGACUCGACUCGAUAUCGUUAAAAAUGGUGAUAAAAAUAAAAAGUCCAAGACGAAUAAAAAGUCACGCAAAGAUUUAAAUUUCAAGAGUUUACAAUCGGAUUCGAAAUCAGUUCCGGUUCUUGAUGGCUUGAAACAUGAUAAAAUUGCUAAACGGAGUUCUACCGUUAAAGUCAACCAAUAUAAAAGUAAAAAGAAUUCUUCUAAAAAUUCUCAUAAACAUAAACAACAAUCUUCGGAUACGGCUAGUUUAAUCCGUGAUGACGAACAAAUCGAGCAAGAAGUAGAAAGUCAACAAUAUUCUUUAAAUAUAUCCGGUUUAGUUUCUACUAAUCAACAAGAAAUUAGUAAUGGACCUUUUCCUCAAUAUGAACCUCCCCCAGGGUGGAAAAAAAUAGAAGCAAGUGAUCCUUCAACAUUUGAUUUUAAAAAUGUUCACAAGGAGGAAAAUGAAUUAUGGUUAUUUAAAAUUCCUCCAACUAUUUCAAAGUCGGACCUUCAGGGGUUAACUUUGAAACUUCCUAAGGGAAUAUCCCGAAUCCCUACAAAAGUAGCGACGAUACAAAAAGAAUUACAAGAACAUUUAUAUAAAAAGAAGAAUUCUGAAUCAGCAGAGUAUCAUGUUUACGAGAUGCCUAACGAUGAUGAUGUUUCUCAAGAGAAUGAAACGGGUAAAGGAAUCAUCCGAGAAUUGAGAGCCCCACAUGAAACGAUCUUUAGACAAAUGAGAGGGUUGGAAAUAUUAUUACCAUGUCAAGAAGCUCAAGGUUUACUGCUCUCGCAAAAAAAACCUACACGUUAUUUUAAUAUAUGUCGACCUGUUAAUCCACCCGAUCCGAGUUCAAACAUUGAUUCAAUUCUGACGAAACGAUCAAUGACCAUUAUACAUCCACCAGAAACGUUUGUUCCAAGAUAUACCACCACAUUUCCUGAAUACUCUAAAAGGCACAUGAUCGAGGCAAAGGCCGCUAAAGAAAAAUUUCGAAACAAAAUGAUGAAUGAAUGGAAAUUUUCAAAUUGGCAACGACAAAUGAAAAAACAUGAGGAAAUGGUAGAAAGCACUUAUAGGGAAUAUAAAAAAAAAUGCAGGAUGGUGGUAAACAAGUCGAAAAGGAAGUUUACGAAAGAGGUCGAAGAUAAGAAGGGUUGGGAUGUUUUAGGAAUAAAGAAGAGGAAAACAUCUUCAAACAUGGAAGAUGAUGAUGACAAUAGUUCGACGGCGUCAUCGGAUAUCGAAAGUGAGGAGAGACCUCCCAAUAAAGCAAAGAUAUUGGCCGAACUCAAACGGCAAGGAACCUUUGAACACGAGGAUCAGGAUACAGAUUUAGAGAUAUUAGAGGAAGUCGCAGAAGAGGAAAUGGCUUUUGUACAACUUGCUCAAAAUCAAAUCCAUCAAAGGAGACGAACAGUUAAAGAAGCACGAGAGGAGGAAAAAAGGGCGACGGUCACUUGGGUCCCCGCUUUAGUUAAUUAUCCGACAUAUAAGCCGCCAGAAACCUGGUGGUCAAAAACUUAUGAAAAGAUCCUAGACGAAACUGCACAAACCAAGUUUAGGCCGAAAUUGACCAAAUGGAAAUAUACAUUAGAAGAGAGGUUGGGAUAUUAUAGAAGACACGGUUGCGAACCUCCAUUAUACGCCGUAGCAGGGACGAAAGGCAAUAGGAUUGAAAUCAAUUACGAUGGAAUUGAGGGUAACCUCGAAAUUCCUAAAUUGUGCCAAAAAAGAAUACUGCCACCGCCACCCCCUGGAACAACGGGUCAUCUUCGACCUUGCGUCGAGCUGAUCGAUACGUGA